AUGGCGCCAUCGUCAACGUCGUCAAAGGUCCUCCGGGGCGUGUUCACAGAAUGUCAGCGAUGUCUCUCACGCCGGGCUCUCCAGCCGACGCCCUUGCAGGCAACUCUCCUUCGCGCGCCGGUCCCCAUUCGACAGACCAUGUUGCAGAGACGAACAAAGUACACGACUGUAGAGCAAGCGAAGAGUCGACAUAGCACCGGUCCCUUCUCGUGGAAAGCCGGACUUCUAUUCGCCGCAACGUGCGGCGCCCUGGUUUGGUACUUUGAAUUUGAGAAGGAGCGGAUGCAAAGAAAGAGGAUAGCCGAUGCCUCCAAGGGUGUUGGCCGGCCAAAGGUCGGGGGGCCGUUUGAGCUGGUAGACCAAAAUGGCAAGCCAUUCACCAGUGAGAUGAUGAAGGGCAAAUACUCUUUGGUCUACUUCGGUUUCACCCGUUGCCCGGAUAUCUGCCCGGAAGAACUCGACAAAAUGGCGCGCAUGCUCGAUGUAGUCGAAGAAAAGGCCCCCGGUGCACUUCUCCCCAUCUUCAUCACUUGCGACCCCGAGCGCGAUGAUCCCCCCGCCCUCAAGAGCUACCUUUCCGAGUUCCACGACAAGUUCAUUGGUCUAACUGGGACGUACGACCAGAUCAAGGACCUUUGCAAGAAGUAUCGAGUGUACUUUAGCACACCCCAAAAUGUCAAGCCGGGCCAAGACUACCUGGUUGAUCACAGCAUUUACUUCUACCUGAUGGAUCCCGAGGGCGACUUUGUUGAGGCUCUGGGGCGACAGCAUUCUCCAGACCAGGGCGCCCAGCUCAUCUUGGACCAUGUGAAGGAUUGGAAGAAAUGA